AGGCCCAGAACGGUCGGCGUGUAAUUCUUCUCCACAAUCUUAUAUUUCUCCAGCUGCUCCCAUUGGCCCAUUCCUUAUACAGCUUAUUUAUUUAAAUAUCUGCAUUCCCUACAUGUCCAAUCGCCUUCAGGGUGUGGAAUCUUUCUAUGAGGACAUGAUCAGUGUCACAAACAGGCUUCCCGCCGCGGAUGAGCAUCGUCGCGUCCGACAUCUCACCCUGCAUAAGCCUUUCGCGUCUACUGUCUCUGAUGAAGAUUUGGCUCGGAUAUUCUCUAGCGCACCACAUCUAGAAACCGUCGUUCUAUCUGGCAUACCUGACAUUACAGACAGAACGAUCGUUUUACUCGCCGAAAACGCGAAUAAUCUUCAGUCUAUUGAUCUUACAGGAUGUCAGCAGAUAUCGGAUGUAGCAGUGCUGGAACUGACUACAAAGUCUCUUCCGCUUCAGUGCAUCAAGCUCAAUGCUGUCGUGGGGCUUACGGACCCCUCUAUAUCUGCAAUCGCGAAGUCUUCGCCACGGUUGCUUGAGCUAGAACUUUCUGGCCUUCCCCUUCUGAGCCCAUUGUCCGUAAGAGAUGUAUGGUCAUUUUCUAGGAAGCUCAGGACUCUUCGCUUAGCUCAUUGCCCCCUUUUGAGCGACAAGGCGUUCCCCAGUUCGAUUGAACCUUCAGAUGAGAACGAUGAAGAAGAAAGAGAAAAACCACUUCCACCGAGACCGAUAACCUGGGUAGAACAGCUUCCUCCUUUAAUUUUACGACAUACCGCCGACAAUCUUCGUGUCCUCGAUCUAUCGUCAUGCAAAAUAACUGACGAAGGUAUCGAAGGUAUCAUUGCUCAUGCUACGAAGAUACAAAAUUUGAACAUUUCCCGUUGUUCAAAUCUCACCGACCGUUCGCUUGAAGCCAUCUCUACGCUCGGGGACAACCUUGAUGUUCUCAUUUUGGCCCACGUCAUGAAUAUCACCGACCGAGGAGUUGUAUAUUUUGCAAGAGCUUGUAGGAAUCUACGAGUUGUGGAUGUAGCUUUUUGCCGAAAUCUCACUGAUAUGUCGGUCUUUGAGCUGUCCGGGCUCUCCAGCCUUCGAAGAUUGAGCCUCAUCCGCGUUCACAAGCUCACGGAUAUUGCCAUUUUCUCGCUUGCUGAGCAUGCUUGGGCACUGGAGCGCCUAUACAUCUCGUACUGCGAUCAUGUAUCUCUAGAUGCCAUUCACCUUCUGGUGAAAAAUCUAACUCGUCUCCAACAUCUUAGCGCAACCGGGGUUCCAUCUUUGAAGAGGAAAGGCGUGCAUCGGUUUUCAGACCUGCCGCCAUCUGACCACGAUCCGGACCAGCAAGCUGCCUUUCGCGUGUUCAGCGGGAUGAACGUUGAAGGUCUACGGAAAUUUUUGAACAAGGAAGAUCAACGGCGGCGUGACGCAGAAGCGAGGAAUAUACCAUUCGUUACACGUUCGGAUGAUAAAUUGGAUCUCUAUUAGCGAUGUGUACAUCGACGUAUACGGGAAAAGGUACCCAAAAGUCUCAUUUCUACGGAUUUUUUGCACGUUGUGGCGUCUUUCCUUUUCCUUGUCCUUCUAUACCUCAUUUAUCACAUAGGUUAUUACGCUUCGCUCCCUAGGGCUAUCUCUCCUUAGCAUAUCGACGUACUAGCUUUUGGGACGUACCGACUGACUACGAUUAAUAGCUGAACGUUUUUUCCAGGG